AUGGACGUCUCAGGCAACCGACUAUUUCGCUUCUCCAGGCCUGAAUGGAUGAAUAACGCAGCCGUCCGCAACGUGGGCGUCUACAUCUCCGGUGCACUGUUUGCCGCGGGCUUCUUCUUCCUUAUUGACGUUGCCGCCUUUUCGCAUAGCCGUCUCAAUGGCUCCGACGUACACAUUAAGUUCGUGGACUGGAUUCCGGGUAUAUGCUCUGCACUUGGAAUGCUGGUUAUCAACUCCAUUGAGAAGUCGCGGUUGCAGGCCGAUAGCUUUAGUUACAGCGGGGGUGGGGUGGCUUGGAAAGCGCGCUUUGUGCUCUUCUUGGGCUUUGCGCUGUUAGCUGGCGGCCUUGCUGGAAGUGUGACGGUUAUGGUUCUUAAGUAUCUUAUCAAGGAUUAUCCUAUCCAAACGCUAUACUUUGGAAUUGCAAAUGUGGUAGCGAACGGUCUGGUCAUGCUCAGCUCUGUUGUUUUGUGGGUCUCGCAGAAUAUCGAGGAUGACUACACCUACAAUCUCGCCCUUUAG